AGCCAGCGCCUGUAGUUGUCUGCUGAAGUGCGUUUCAGAGUCUGAAUCAUGGAGAACAGAAGAGCUCACUGGGAGUGGUGCGGACAUUGGGUAAUAUGCGAAUAGGACACGAUAUUUGCGCUCUUUGUGCCUGUGUGAAGUUAUAAUGCAGCUGCUGCUGCUGACCUCCAUGAAGUGUUCAAGCUCAGAUAAAGUCGGGCAGACAGUGAUAACGGAUACCGGACACAUACAGGACAAACCCGUAGAAUAAGAGUGUGAUUGACAUAUUGAAGAAGAGAUGGGGAACGCAGGGAGCAUUAACCAGCACACUGACCCCAGAGGACACCACAUGCCCCUCAAACUGCCCAUGCCCGAGCCGGCCGAGCUGGAGGACAGAUUUGCGCUCGUCCUGAACUCAAUGAACUUGCCUCCAGACAAAGCAAGAUUACUACGGCAGUACGACAAUGAGAAGAAAUGGGAACUCGUUUGUGACCAGGAACGAUUCCAGGUGAAGAAUCCUCCUCACACAUACAUCCACAAGUUGCAGGGUUAUCUUGACCCGGCUGUGACCAGGAAGAAGUUCAGGAGGAGAGUGCAGGAGUCAACCCAGGUCCUGCGGGAGCUGGAAAUCUCAUUACGGACCAAUUACAUAGGGUGGGUGCGGGAGUUUCUGAAUGAAGAGAAUAAGGGUUUGGAUGUGUUGGUGGAGUAUCUUUCGUUUGCACAGUACGCUGUCACGUAUGACGGUGACAGUUCUGAGGGCAGCACAGAAAACUCAGUGGAUAAACCGAAACCAUGGAAUCGAUCGAUUGAAGAUCUCCAUGGAGGAAACCACCUCUCAUCAGCUGUCACAGGCAACAGCAUCUCCAGAGCCAGCAGACAUUCAACCAUAAGGUCUAAUACAUUACCCAUCCGGAGGACAUUGAAGAAUUCCAGAUUAGUGUGUAAGAAAGACGACGUUCAUGUGUGCAUCAUGUGCCUACGAGCCAUCAUGAACUACCAGUAUGGCUUCAACAUGGUUAUGUCUCACCCUCAUGCUGUGAAUGAAAUUGCACUAAGUCUGAACAAUAAGAAUCCCAGGACUAAAGCUCUGGUGCUGGAGCUGCUGGCCGCUGUGUGUCUGGUUCGAGGAGGUCAUGAGAUUAUUCUCUCUGCCUUUGAUCAUUUUAAAGAGGUGUGUUCAGAAGAUCAGCGCUUUGAGAAACUUAUGGAGCAUUUCAAGAAUGAAGAUAAUAACAUCGACUUCAUGGUUGCCUGCAUGCAGUUCAUCAAUAUUGUGGUUCAUUCAGUGGAAGACAUGAAUUUCAGAGUGCACUUACAGUACGACUUCACAAAGCUGGGUUUAGACGAAUAUCUGGAUAAACUGAAGAACACCGAGAGUGAUAAACUGCAUGUGCAGAUUCAAGCGUACCUGGAUAACGUGUUUGAUGUCGGGGCUCUGUUAGAGGACGCAGAGACCAAGAACGCAGCGCUGGAGAGAGUGGAGGAACUAGAGGAGAACAUGUCUCAUCUGACAGAGAAGUUGCAGGACACAGAGAAUGAGGCGAUGGCAAAAAUCGUUGAGCUGGAGAAACAACUCAUGCAAAAAAAUAAAGAGCUGGAGUCUGUUCGGGAGGUGUAUAAAGACGCCAGCUCUCAGGUGCACACCCUGCGGCGGAUGGUGAAGGAGAAGGACGAGGCUAUUCAGAAACAGAGCAACCUGGAGAAGAAGAUCCACGAGCUGGAGAAACAGGGAACCAUCAAGAUCCAGAAGAAAGCGGACGGGGACAUUGCCAUCCUGACACCCCCUCCACAGGAGAACGGGCAUCUGCCAGGGUCACAGGGCGUAUCUGGGGUGUCCAGUGAGGGCGUGGUCAGUCACGGAGGUGUGGCUAACGGGGCGGCUCAUGUCCUGAGCAUCCCUGAUCCUCCCCCUCCUCCUGGGCCGGCGACACUAUCAAAUGGUCCAUCAGCUGCUCCAGCACCAGCACCAGCUCCACCACCUCCUCCUCCUCCUCCACCUCCUCUCCCAGGCCUCGCUCUGGAUAUAUCUGCCCCUAUGCCCCCUCCACCGCCCCCCAUGGCUCCUCCACUUCCAGGCUGUGGCUCUCCCACUGUCAUCAUGAACUCAGGACUGGCAGAGGGACCCAUCAAACUGUACUCUGUGAAGAUCAAGAAACCCAUCAAGACUAAGUUUCGUAUGCCGGUGUUUAAUUGGGUGGCACUGAAACCCAAUCAGAUCAACGGCACUGUGUUCAACGAGAUCGAUGACGAACAAAUACUGGAGGACCUGAAUGUGGAUGAGUUUGAGGAGAUGUUUAAGACGAAAUCCCAAGGGCCUGCCAUAGACAUCACCUCCAGCAAACAGAAGACCUCCCAGAAAGGACCAAGCAAAGUCUCGCUGCUGGACUCCAACCGAGCCAAAAACCUGGCCAUCACACUCAGAAAAGUGGGCAAGACAUCAGAGGAGAUCUGCAGAGCCAUUCAGAUGCUUGACCUGCGGUCGUUGCCGGUGGAUUUCGUGGAGUGUUUGAUGAGGUUCGUCCCGACGGAAGCGGAGCUGAAAGUUCUCCGUCAGUAUGAGAAGGAGCGCAAACCUCUGGAGAACCUGACGGAUGAGGACCGCUUCAUGAUCCAGUUCAGCAAGAUCGAGCGUCUCAUGCAGAAGAUGACCAUCAUGGCGUUUGUGGCCAAUUUCAGCGAGAGCAUUCAGAUGCUCACACCGCAACUUCACGCCGUUAUUGCAGCGUCUGUCUCCAUCAAGUCCUCACAGAAACUCAAGAAGAUCCUGGAAAUCAUCUUGGCUCUGGGAAACUACAUGAACAGCAGUAAACGAGGAGCGGUGUACGGCUUCAAACUGCAGAGCUUAGACCUGUUAUUAGACACUAAAUCAACAGACCGCAAGAUGACUCUUCUGCACUAUAUCAGUAAUGUAGUAAAGGAAAAAUACCAGCAGGUGACGCUCUUCUAUAACGAGCUGAACUACGUGGAGAAAGCAGCGGCAGUGUCUCUGGAGAAUGUCUUAUUAGACGUGAAGGAGCUUCAGAGAGGCAUGGAUCUGACCAGGAGAGAGAACAGCAUGCACGGAAACAACACACUGCUCAGAGAUUUCCUACAGCAAAAUGAGAAUAAACUCAAAAAACUUCAGGAUGAUGCCAAGAUCGCUCAGGAUGCCUAUGAUGAAGUGGUGAAAUUCUUUGGAGAAUGCUCCAAAACAACACCCCCGUCCGUGUUUUUCCCAGUGUUUGUGCGCUUUGUGAAAGCAUACAGGCAAGCAGAGGAGGAUAAUGAACAGAGGAAGAGGAAGGAGCAGAUGAUGAUGGAGAAGCUGAUUGAGCAAGAAGCUAUGAUGGAGCAAGAGGAUCAGAAGUCUCCCUCUCAUAAGAAUAAGCGUCAGCAGCAGGAGCUGAUUGCGGAGCUGAGGAAGAAGCAGGUGAAGGACAGCAGACAUGUGUAUGAGGGUAAAGACGGAGCCAUUGAAGACAUCAUCACAGUGCUGAAGACUGCCCCCUUUACUGCGCGCACGGCCAAACGCAGCUCGCGUUACUUCAACGAGGAGCUCCACUUCUAAAGCUUAGACUCUCUCUCUCUUAAAGAUCUGAGAAACCAGCCAUACAGGCGUGCCGACGCCGUCAGGAGGAGCAUUCGAAGACGUUUUGAUGAUCAGAAUUUGCGGCCAAUCAACAGUGCAGAGAUGGUCAUGUGACGAGGGCAGAGUGGAUGUGAUUGGAUGGAGUGGUGGAGGAAACAAGAUAAUGAAGGACUGAUAAAGAUGACAGCAGGUCUGAAAGCCAAGUGCCUACAUUUAACAUCUGUCCCAUCAGGUGUUGAAUUGUACAUGUGUCUUCUGUGAAUUUUUAUGUUACAAAUGGUGUCUUAAUCUGUCUUUUCUCUUAUGGCGCUUAAAUUGUAUGGCUAGAUGAGUAUUUUUCUUGAGAAAGUGUCCGAAUGUAAAACUAUUCCAACACUUGUUGUAUCACGGACCUGUAAAAGUCCUCUUACAUUCCAGUGCUUUCGCCACAGAUCAAACCGACCAGGCGUGUGUUCUCCGAAUCAUCUGGUCGGUCCAAAAGAAGCCCUGUAGUGUUGAUCAGAGCCUGUUUUUAGUGUGCUGUUCACAUUCUUGUCUUGAUAGAGCCCAACAGAAUGGAAAACAGCCUGAGAAGCAUGUGAAAAAGUUUUGUAAAAGUUAUAAAAAUGCAAUGUUGAUGGUUUAAGAUGCUGCAGGGUGCGACACAGCGGCCAAAGAUAACAAUAUUAAGAACAUUCCUCACUUAAGAUGAUUCGAUGUCUGAUAAUAGAGGUAUUUCAGUGUGUUGUGAUCUUGAGAGCAUGUGUACACGACAGGAAGUGCGUGCACAAGACUGUCCCAGGUCUAAAGAAUGCUAAAAGCACCACAAUUAAAUUCCUAUGUAACAUAUCUGUUACCUUGUAAUAGAUUAGUAUUGUUUAUAUUGCAAUAGAAGAAGAUACUUCUUGUCUGUCUUAAAACCAAUGUUCUCUUAUAACCAGCAAAAUAACGGUCCUGUCAAGACCAUAACUGGGUGACUUUACCAGAAGUUUACCAGAGUUACAUUAACAUAACCAGAAGUCCACGGUAGACUCUGAACUAUAACGGCUCAAAAAGUGCUUUGACAAAAACAUGAGUGCAGUACGUCCUAGUACACUUUCCCCACAGGCGUCCAUCGGAAGUGCAUUGAGGUAAAUUAAAUAUUGUGUUUUAUACACAGAGGAUUGAAUAUAUAGUCUGUGGUAAUCGACAGAUGCUGUUUUGAACACAAAAUAUUCCUUCGUGAAUAUUAAACACUUGCUAUUAUUUCCUGUAUUAGUGAUGUACGGCCGCUGAGCACUACGGCAAACCUCUUCCCUGGGGCACUUGUUCUUCACUACAUACACAAGAUCAUAAGAUCAGGUUCCUCAUUGAAUUCGGUUGUUGUGACUGGGCUUGUUUUAUGCAUUCUAGGUCAGACAAUGGGAAAUAAGGCGUUAUAUAAACUGAAUCUUGUGUGGUUCUAUAAUGAGCUGCACCAGUGAAAAUCCACAUUUCUUGUGAUGUGAAAGUCUAUUUAAAAGCAAAAAAUAUUAAAUCACAAAAAAAAAAAAAAAAAAAAAAAAAACAUUUAAAUGUACAGAUAUUUUGCUAUAAAAUUGUUGCAUCUUUUUAACUUUUUAAUCUUCUAAUAUUGUACAUAUUGUUAAAAACAAUAUUGUUUUAAAAAUCAUUCUGUACUACAAUGUUUGAAUAUUUUAACUUAUAGUUUUUAUUUCUUUUUUUCCUGCAUUUUUGUAUAUUUAAUAAAGCUGAAAACCUGAACCAGUUCUUUUAGACAUGCAGCAACAGUCCCAUCUACACUAAAACGUCAGAAAUCAGAAGCAUUAGUAGAAUUAGUCCUUAUAGACGUCUGUCUCAUCUCUGUACAAUACACUCAUAAAAACUGGAUUAAACUAUCAUUUUGUUUCCCCCUAAAAUCAAUGUAUCUUAGCCACUGAAUGCUUACAAUACUGCAAAAAUCUGUUCUCGGAUUUACAGUUAGAUGAUUUCUCAAUGUCCAAUUAAACUAUUUACAUAA